AUGGCAGCUUCUGCACCCUCACCCCUGGUGAGCUCCACAGAGAAGACAAAUGGAGCCAAGCUCAGCAGACUUCUCAUAGAUGGUGGAACCACAGUUUUAAAAAUGGUUUUUGACAGCCAUCAUUCUCCCGCAAACCUGGCUAUGGAUCUCACUGCUAACUAUCCAAAACUGUGCAAUCUACUGAAGAGAAGGGUUUUACAUAAGCCUCAGUGGGACAAACUGUUUCCACCCAGUGGGAGUACACCAGAUUCAAACAAUUUUGACAUAACUCUUCUUUUUCUUCUGCUGACUGAGAUUUGUGGGCUUUCUCCUCCCCCCUCAGGGUGGCACAAAAAACCACCCUUGAGUGACACUACCUUAGAGGCUAACCUUGCUCGCAUAAAGUUCUUUCGAAAUGAGUUAUAUGGUCACGUGUCCACCACUGGCAUCGACUCAUCAACAUUCUCCCAUCUUUGGAGGGAAAUAAGUGACGUUCUUGUUGCUCUUGGGCUAAAUAAAGCAGACGUAGAUAGACUAAAGGCUGAGUACUGUGGAGAGGAAGAUUAUCUUCAAAUGUUGUUUGAGUGGGCUGAUAGUGAGAAGGAUCUUAAGUCACAACUAAAAGAAAUCAACCAAACUAUCGAUAUGGUACACCAAAACCAAACACAGGGUGCUGAGAUGCUACAGCAAAUGAAGUCAGAGCUGCAUGGAGUAUGUCACACUCAAACCAAAAUACAAGAAGAGGUAUUAGAAGUGAAAAAAAGUAUUGAAGACUUAAACCAAAGAGGGCAGGCUAACAGAACAGAAGAGAUUCUGAACGUCCUUGCAAAGUCCGAGUUUGAAGGGGACAUUGAGUUUCAUGUGUCAAGAUUCCAGGAAGGAACUCGUGAGUGGAUCUUUAAAAAAAUCGAGGGUUGGCUUGAUGACAGAAGUUCCCCAAAUCGUGUGAUGGUCAUUAGUGGAAAUGCAGGGAUGGGAAAGUCGGUUAUCUCAGCAGUCACUUGCAAGAGAAUGCAAGAAGCUGGAAGACUGUCGGGGAGCCACUUCUGUCAACACAACAACGUGCGCUAUCGAAAUCCUCAGUUGAUGCUUCAAUCUUUGGCCAGUCACCUAUGUCGCGCAUUACCAGAAUACAAAGAGGCUCUUUUUGAGCAGCUGUCAAGAAAUUUGGGCAUGGAAAUCAACAGCAUGGGAGUAGAGGAACUUUUUGCAUUACUUUUCAAGGAGCCGCUCAGCAAAAUCACUGAUCCCGGUAGAAACCUUCUCUUGGUGUUGGACGCCUUGGAUGAAAGUGAGCACAAGGGGCGCAAUGAAUUGUUGGAUGUGAUAGUUAACCACUUCGUCAAGCUUCCUCGAUGGAUUCGCUUUCUUGUGACCACGAGACCAGAAGUUAUCAUUUCUAAUAGCCUUAGCGACUUACAACCUCUGUACCUGGAAACAAGUGACGAUGACAACAAAAGGGACAUUCGACUGUUCUUGGAGAAGCAGCUAGACCAAGUAAUUCCAAACAGUGAUAAAGAAGCUGUUUUAAAUGCUCUGGUUGAGAAGUCCGAUGGUGUCAUCUUGUAUGCGUACUUUUUAGUAGACUUUAUUCAGAAAAACGUUCCUCUACCAACACCCAACCAUUUAGAUGGCAGCUUGCCAUUAGGUAUCUCUUCUGUUUACCUGUCCUAUUUUAAACGCUUGGAGAAAGAGUUUUGUAAAGAAUUGGAAAUCGACGAAGAAAAUUUUUUAGGUUUUCUAUCUGUUGUUAUGGCUGCAAAAGAACCUUUGCCACUUGGAUUUAUCCCCAAGAUGUUUCAGUUUCGUGCAAUUUCCUCACAUCGGAAGGUGAACAAGGUUAUUUCCUGCAUUUCUACCCUUCUACCAGUUAUUGACGGACGUAUUCACAUAUUUCACAAGUCUGUCAAAGACUGGCUUAUAGACACAACCAUUCGUGGACGUCACGAGUUUACAGUGGGUAGAGAUGAAGGUAGUCAGAUCCUUUCAAGGCUUUGUGAAACUGAGUUCAACGAUUUGAAGCGCAAAGGGAUUCAUGGUGGAGAUUUCAGUGACACCGAGAUAUAUGCCCUGCGGUAUGGUGUACAGCACCUACUGGAUGUGAUGGGAGACAAAGAAAUUCCCCACAAACUUGAAGAACUUGUCGAAAAUUACGUGACAGAUCUAGAACUUGUGUAUGCAAAGCUUUGCAUUGAUAGUGAUUCAGGAUUUCAGGAUAUCUUGAGUAUUAAAAAACUAGAAUCUUUUGAAGUUUUGCCUUCUGCUGUAAAAUUUGCUGUGACCUCCGCCAUUACUGUAAUGAGAAAAUACAAAGCUAGGCUUCGUUGCCAUCCACAGCAGUUUUUUCAAGCAAUACUUAACGAAGGAGGCCCGCAAUUUUUCUCAAAGGCCAAUCAUGUCCUCAAAGAAAGAUAUCCAGAGAUACCCUACAUCGAAAUCGUGAACAAAGAGGAUAGUUACGGACAAACGGGAAUUCAAGCGCGAUUUGACUGUAAUAGUUUGGUAGCAUGUUUUGAUGUGUCUCCAGAAAUGGAUUACAUGGUUUGUGAGUGCGUUGACAAAAGCAUUCAGCUCUGGUCGCUGCAAAGUGGCGAUCGACUCUGGUUGCAUUCCGCAUUCAUAGAAAAGUCAUUUGGCAUUCCAAGGUUUGCCCCGAACUGUGCCGUUCGCAAUGUGAGGGAGUUGACUCUUGAUUUCUUUGGCUGGACGUGGGAGUCAUCAAUGUCAUUUUACCGUUCUGUUGCAUUUCACCCUGACGGUGAUUAUGUCAUACCUGGAAGUUUAAGAGAUGUGUUCACCUUGAACGGAGAUGUACAGCAACUCUUUCCUCAAAGUAAUUGCUUCUUCAACAUAUGUGCAUUUUGCGGAGAUAGGUCUAAAAUAUUGACAGAUUGCCCUGCAAAUCCAAGAGAUGUUGUUUUGUGGAGUAUGUCAGAUGGAAGAGAGAUUACUCGUUUCGAGUGCACAAAGAAUAUGACGUCAUUUGCAUUUUCUCCUGACGGGACAUUGGUGGCAAUAUCUGAUAAAUCAAAACAUAUUAGCUUGUAUAAGUUAAGUAACAUGAACAUUCAUUUUAUUUGUGAUAUUGCUAGUCCCAGCAUUUGUUCGCUGAUGCAUUUUUCCCCUGAUAACCAGGAGAUUAUUUGUGGAUUUUUGGGCGAUAAUGCCCAGUUUGAGCUACUUUGCCACAGACGUAAAGUCCCUUCCUUCUGCGAAGAUGAGUGCCUAGAAAGUGCAUCCUGUUUUCAAGAAAUCGAAGAUGUCUCGUGGUGGCCAUGGGAGUGUAAAUCCUUCGAUGAGAGUAAAUUCCUGAUUUCGGAAUCUAAAGACCACAUUAACACAAUGCUAUCGGAGGCAAUUCCCUUCUUCAGGUCAGGAUUUCUCUCAGUGGUUAACAAACAAACUGUUGUCGUUUGUAGCCCCUUUCAUAAAGAAAUUUUUAUGAUCCAUCAUGAUCAAUUUGAAGAUUGCCCCAGCCAUGACAGAAGUGAAGGAAAACAGUAUUGUGGUGACAUGAAUGUGACACUUUCUGUGGAUGGAAGUUGUUGUUACAUUAGAGAAACCUCCCAUAGUUCUUGGGAAAGAAAACUCAUAGGUGAUAUGCUUUCCAUGGUGUAUGUCUAUUUUGAGAGCAAGAAAACUGUUCGAAAAUUUCAGACUGCGUUGGACCUGCUACCUGUGAAAGAAGGAGUGCUUCUGAUGAAGAAAGCAGUCGGCAACAUACUUGAGUUGUGGGAUUUUGAAUUAUCACGAUGUGUUCGAUCUUUCUCACAAAUCGAUUCAUUGGAAAGGUUGUUUCCUGUGUCUGAUGAACUAGUAGGUUGUCAAAGACCUUGUAAGAAUAACUGCUCCAAAGUGGACGUUUUAAGCAUUGCAAAUAGUGAGAUUGUUUUUUCAACUAUGGUGGAGGGUAACAUUACUUCAGUUGCUUGCAAUAGCAAGUUUCAAUUCGUAGCCUGUAGCGAGAAAGUUUGCCGUCCUGUAGUCUUUCCUGUAGGCAGUGUCAUUACAAUAGCAGUUUGGAAUAAAAAGGAGCAUUUGUGGAAGAGAAACAUUCUUCAUGAUGAGACGGGAUGUACACGUCCUCGCGCUUUAAUUUCAAACAAUGGAGACUUUGUUGUUACAUGGUGUUCACGUGAAAGAGGUAGUGGAUUACAAAUCUUGAAUGCAGCUACAGGAAUUACAAUGCACGAUAUACCAUGUGAACAUAAAAUCAUUAUCUAUGCUGAAAUGUAUUGUGAACUUCUCAAUGAUGGAGUGCACUUUGUAUGCUGUUGCCAUGACCAAGUUGCGCGAUUGUUUCACGGAAACUCUGGCAACCUCAUAGGCCUGAUAGACAUGGAGCGAAUGCCAUUAAUGCUAACAAAUUGUCUUAACAAACCUCUGUUUGCCGCUGUUUUUGAGAGGAAUUCCUUCCGGCUCUUUCAAGUGCAUCUUCCAAAGAUGAAAAACAAUGAAAGGAAAGUGAAAAGGUUAGUGGCGUAA